AGAUGGUGGGAAGAGUGGGGAGGGCGUUAGGACCCUGGAGACACCUGUGCACGCUCCUGGAAAGAUUCCUUCCAUCAUCAGACGCUGAAUGAGCACCUACUACGUGCAUCAAAGACAGUAAACAACUAAUAAUAAUUAUUUGAGUUUUCUCUCUCCAGACCUGGCUCUGUGGCCCCCGUUUUCCUCACCUAAUUUGAUGAACCCCUCAAAACUCUCCUAUUAGGUGGGCUCUAUUAUGACUUUAUUUUUCAGAGAUGAGAAGGGAGGCUCAGAGAGGUUGAGUUACUGUCCAAAAUCACACAGCCAGUCAGGGAAGAGCUGGGGUGCAACCACUGGCCUGCUGGCCCCCCCACUGCGGCGCCCCCUCCUUUCCCCCAGACCACGCCCCCUCCGGAACCUCCUGCUCCUGCUGUGGACCCUCCUGAACUGUGGUUUGGGGGGCAACGCUCAGGGUCCGGGUGAGUGGACUCCAUGGGGUUCCUGGAGCCGCUGUUCUAGCUCUUGCGGGCGAGGGCUCUCCGUGCGCAGCCGGCAAUGCAUCCGGUUUCCCAGGGAAGUGAUGUGCUGGGGGGACACCCACGAGUACCGCCUCUGCCAGCUGCCCGAGUGUCCCCCAGGGGCCGUGCCCUUCCGAGACCUACAAUGUGCCCUCUACAAUGGCCACCCUGUUCUGGGCACCCAGAAGACCUACCAAUGGGUGCCCUUCUACGGUGCACCCAAUCAGUGCGACCUCAACUGCCUGGCGGAGGGGCACGACUUCUAUCACAGCUUCGGCCGCGUGCUGGACGGUACCCCCUGCAGCCCGGGCACCCAGGGACUCUGCGUGGCUGGCCGCUGCCUGAGGCCCGGCUGUGACGGUUUGCUGGGUUCGGAUGCCCGCGAAGACCGCUGCGGCCGCUGCGGCGGCGCCAACGACUCGUGCCUCUUCGUGCAGCGCGUGUUCCGGGAUGCCGGUGCCUUCGCUGGGUACUGGAACGUGACCCUGAUCCCUGAGGGCGCCAGGCACAUCCGCGCCGCCCACCGGAGCCGGAACCACCUGGCGCUGAUGGGGGGCGACGGGCGCUACGUGUUCAACGGGAACUGGGCGGUCAGCCCUCCCGGGACCUACGAGGCAGCGGGCACCAGCGUGGUCUACACCCGCGUCACAGGGUCAGAGGAGACGCUGCGCGCCGCAGGGCCCACCUCCGAAGACCUGCUCCUGCAGGUCCUCCUGCAGGAGCCCAACCCCGGCGUUGAGUUCGAGUUCUGGCUCCCCAGGGAGCGCUAUGGCCCCUUCCAGGCGCAGGCUCAGGCCCAGGGCUGGUCCCUGCGGCAGUCGCAGCCUCGGGAGGUAGAUCCUCGGUCCCCUGACUCUCCCGCUGCCCCCACUGUUAUCCCCCCACGGACCCCAGGCCCCACCCCAGGUGAGCUGGGGACAGCCUGGGCGGGGGCGAGCAGGGAGGCAAAGCCUGUGCCCCUGACUGCACUGCCCCCGCAGACCCCUGCCCACCCUGCCCUGACACCCGCGGUCGUGCCCACCGGCUGCUCCACUAUUGCGGCAGCGACUUUGUGUUCCGGGCCCGCGUGCUGGGCCGCGUCCAGCAGGCCCAGGAGACCCGAUACGAGGUGCGCGUGCAGCUCAUCUACAAGAACCGUUCGCCGCUGCGGGCCCUCGAGUAUGUGUGGGCGCCGAGCCACUGCCCCUGCCCACCGCUGGCCCUCCAUCGGGACUACCUGCUGGCGUCCCGGCGCCUCAUCAGCGCCGAUGGCACUCAGGACUGGCUGCUGCUCCCCCAUGCCGGCUACGCCCGGCCCUGGAGCCCCGCCGAGGACAGCCGCGUGCGCCUGGUCGCCAGACACUGCCCCCUCUGAGCCCCUGGACCAGACCUCUCCACACACGGCUGGCCAGGCUCAAAGUCAGCAUCUUUCCCCUCUUGCCAUAGCUUCCAGGGAGCUCAGAACUAUCUCCCACCUGCAGCUCUGUGACUCCCCACCACACACACUCAGACACCCCUGCACUCAGUCAGAUCCACUGUCGGAAGCAGGCACACACUGGUGAGGAUACACUAAAUGGACUUUUUAGCUCUGAUUUCCUCUCUCACCCUGGAGGCCAGGAAACUCAUAGCUAUUUUACUCUCAGAGACUCUGUGUCUGCUUUUAUUCCCCUUGCCUCACACUCAUUUGCUGGGAGACAUUGUCACGCACAAGCAUGACCCCGACAAAGACAUGCCUAAGGAGACCUUGUAAUGUAUCCAUUUCCCCUCUUGCCCUGGCUACCAGGAAGCUCACCACUGUUUAACCCCUUGACACUCUGUCUCUCCCUUCUCAUUGCCACUUAACACACGCACCCUCACGUAUUCAGACACACUGUUACAAACAGGCAUGCCUACCCAG